ACAACCGCAAGCCCAAGAGCCUCGGGGCCCAUGACGCGCAAGCGGUUACGUUUUCGCCGUCCAUUUCGAAGCGGAGGCGCGCGCCUGCGGUUCCGCCCGCCAGUUGCUGCGACUCAUCCCCACCCCGCUCCGCUCGCCCUUCGCCGCCGCGACGGCAACCGCCGAUGGCUCCUCCACGCUGCCCCCCUCCUUCCCGACCCGCUAAACACGUGUUCCUCCUCCUUGCCGCGGCCGCCCUCGUCGGGCCCGCCGUCGGGGUGGAGAUCCUCUCCAAGUCCCGCCUGGAGCGCUGCGCCCUGGACUCGGGGGCCGGCGGUGCCCUCGCCUGCGACCGCAAGCUCGUCCUCAACCUCGCCGUCCCCAGCGGCUCCGAUGUUGCUUAUAAACCAGAGGAAAUGUUUACCAAGACACAUAAAUGUGAGUCAGAUGCUGGUGCUGAUGUUGUUGGAGUUUGUGAAAGGUUAUGGGAUCAGAACGGUCACGUAAUUGAGCAGACAGAGCCGGUUUGUUGUCCAUGUGGGCCUCAUCGCCGUGUUGGUUCGUCUUGCGGAUCAAUUUUUGAUAAAAUGAUUAAAGGCAAAGCUAAUACGGCUCACUGUGUACGUUUUCCAGGUGAUUGGUAUCAUGUUUUCGAAAUUGGGACAAGGUCAACUGGGUACAGCAUCAGAGUACAAGUAAAGAAAGGCUCUUCUGUAACGGAGGUUAUUGUUAGUCCAGAGAAUAAAACAGUUGUUUCUAAAGAUAACUUUCUGAGGGUAAAUCUCAUUGGUGACUAUGUUGGUCACGAUAGUAUGCCAACAUUUGAAGACUUCUAUCUUGUGACUCCACGGGAGGCUGGUGGUGACGGUCAACCGCAAGUUCUUGGCGAUGAGUUUUCCAGGUGGAAGCUGUUGGAGAGAGUCCGGUUUACAUUAGAUGGACUUGAGUGCAACAAGAUUGGUGUUGGGUAUGAAGCUUACAGAAACCAGCCUAACCUCUGUGGAUCACCAUUUGGGAGCUGUUUGUACAAUCAGCUUUGGAAUUUCAAGGAGUCUGACGACAAUCGAAUAUACAGAAACCAAGAGCCCCAGUAUAUUGUGCAGGGAAGAUUUGAUAGGAUCAACCAACACCCGAAUGCAGGAGCUCAUUCGUUCUCUAUUGGAAUCACAGAAAGUCUGAAUACUAAUUUGCUGAUAGAGCUGAGUGCUGAUGAUAUAAAUUAUGUAUACCAGAGGAGUCCAGGGAAAAUAAUUGACAUUAAUGUCCCUACAUUUGAAGCCUUAAGCCAAGUUGGUACUUCCAAGGUCACAAUUAAGAACAUUGGCAAACUGGAAGCUUCAUAUAGCUUGACGUUCGACUGCUUAAGUGGCAUCAGUUAUGUGGAGGAGCAAUUUCAUUUGCAGGAGCAAUUCUUCAUCAUCAAACCUGGCCAAGUGGUUAUCCGCUCAUUCUAUUUGCGUUCCUCAUCAGACCAAGCAUCAAAAUAUCGCUGCUCGGCUAUUUUGAAAGCGUCAGAUUUCAGUGAACUUGACAGAGCAGAAUGCCAGUUCUCGACUACAGCCACCGUUCUUGACAAUGGAACACAGAUCGGCCCACCGAAGCAGCAUAAGAAGGGUGGCAUCAGGGGUUUCAUCGAAGCCAUCGAAACCUUGUGGCGCAACACAUGGGACAGCGUGAUCGAUUUCUUCACCGGCAGAUCAUGCAGCACCAAGUGCACGAGCUUCUUGGACCUGAGCUGCCACAUCCAGUACAUAUGCAUCGGCUGGCUCGUCAUGUUCGGCCUGCUGCUCACCACGCUACCCGCUGUCGCGGUGCUGCUGUGGCUGCUCCACCAGAAGGGCAUCUUCGACCCGCUGUACGACUACUGGGAGGACGUGUUCGGGCCACCGGAGGACGCGCACCCGAAGCACCGGGGAGGCCGAGGCCACCACGCGCACGCCCACACCCACCACCACCACCACCACCACAGCAAGCACCCGCACGCGCACAAGAAGCAUAGCAGCGGGGCGGCCGGGCAGCAGCAGCACCACCAUCACCACCACGUCCUCCACAGGCAGGGCGGCAAGCCGGACGACGUCGAGCAGCACCGGCAUGCAGCAGCGCUCGGCGUGCAGCACAGGGACGCCGGGCACAAGCACCACCGGCAUGGCAAGGCGCCGCAGAGGGAGAGGGAGAGGGCACAAGACCGUGAGCGCGAGCACCGCCACCACCACUCUCGGGCGGCGUAGAAGAUGGU